AUGCGUUUUAUAGACAUUGAAACACAUGUUAUAUACUUAUGAUGUGAUUGUUUUGUGGAUCCGAUUCAAGUGAUAGUGUGUGCUAUGUCUUCGACAACAACUGCUGAUGAAGUGUUCAGUUUGGCCAUCGAGACAUCGAUGAUGGCCUGGAAAUCGUUUCAACUAUCUAUUGAACACGGAAUGGGCGGUCAAUAUCAACGGGAAAAGUUAGUUUGGAUGAAACAGACCAUCGAAGAUGUUUUCCGACAGAAUUCUGGUGGUAAUGGAGGACUACAUGCAGAUGAACUGGAAGAAUAUGUCGGCGAAAUUCUGGACAACGAGUUCAAUACGGUCAUAGAGGACGGAUCGCUGGGUAUAUUUGCCUCAAAUGUUUGCCAAUUUUAUCGUAUGUGUGCCGACGGCCAACAUCGGCAAGUGAUGGACAGUGUCGACGAUAUGCGACGUAAGGCCAACAGCGGUGUUGUUGUCGGUAACACUUGUCCGCAGGCUAUCAGUGAAGAUAUGAUGGUCGGCGUCGUCGAGAACGGUCUCAACUCGUUAGACAUUGAGGACAAUGACGAGGACGACGACGAAGAAGUAGUUGAAAGUGAUUCACGUGUUGUCGUCGUCGCUGAAGAUAUGAAGACUACCGAAGAAGCAAAAGAAGAAGAAGAAGAAGAUGACGGCUGGACUCGUGUUCAACGAAAAGGACAUAACAAACGAUGAUUUGAUUUUGAUU